AUGACUGGGGAAGCUAGGGAAGCGUUCGACAAGAUGCCUGAGCGGAAUGUGCUUUCGUGGACUGCGAUGCUCAGAGGGUAUGUCCAGGAGGGAAGGUUGAAGGAAGCAAGGGAGAUAUUUGAUGAGAUGCCUGAGAGAAAUGUCGUUGCUUGGACGACGAUGAUUAAUGGGUAUGUAAUCCAUAACAAGGUGGAUUUAGCUAGGAAACUGUUCGAAGUAAUGCCUGGUAAGAAUGAGGUGACAUGGACUGCAAUGUUGAUGGGAUACACGAGGAGUGGACGGAUUAAGGAAGCUGCAGAACUCUUUGACGCCAUGCCUGUCCAAUCAGCUCCUGCUUGUAAUGAAAUGAUUAUGGGUUUUGGACAGGAUGGUCAGGUGGCUGAAGCUAGAUGGAUAUUUGAUAAAAUGACAGAGAAAGAUGACGUGCCAUGGAGUUCAAUGAUCAAGGUCUACGAGAGAAAAAGGUUUUGA